CGGCGCAUGCGCAUUGGAAACCACCCGCGAUAACGCACUGCGCAUGCGCAGUACACAGGGCGCAGGGUAGUGCUGAGCUGUUUUGAAGAUGUCUGUUGUUUUUGUGCCAAAGAGACAACGCGGGAAAGCGCAGAUCAACCAAGAAACCAUCCAAAGACUGCUGAAUGAAAAUGACCAGCUUGUGAGGUGUAUAGUGGAGUACAUGCAGAAGGGCAGAGCCACUGAAUGUGUACAAUACCAGCAGAUCCUCCACAGAAACAUAGUUUAUCUAGGAACGAUAGCAGACGCCAGUCCUGAUGCACCUGCUCCUUGUGAAGAUGCAUCAGCACUCGCUGGAACGAAGGACGUUUCUAAAACCUGAUUUCAGAUGAUCUAUAGCUGCAUCUGCAGUCUGACUGAAAUGUGCACUAUGUACAGUGUUUUUUAGGGCUAGUUUUACCAGAGCGCUGUUUCGUCCUUCGUUCUGAUUGGUCAGGAAGUGUUGAUUAAUGGUCCAUCACAGCAGCUCUGACAGACAAUAGGUUUAUGUCAAGACACUCGUUCUGUAACGUUAAUCGUUUCUAUUAGAAGAUGGACGAUCCUGUUAAUAAAGGGAUUAUAAAACAUUCUGUUAUUUAAUGAAGACAAGUGUUUAAUAUUUAUGGAAGGAGUCACCAGUGUCGACGCUUUAUAACAGUCAGUUUAUGGCCAUGGGAAAGUCUUCAGAACAGAGGACUAACGUCAAGUGAGAGGAAAACAAAGAGGCUGGUGAGAGAGCGACUGUUUAUAGCUGCUGUGACGUCAGUGAGAACUUGUUUCGUAGCUGUUCCAGAACAACUAUAAAUGGAUAAAAAGUACAGACUUUGUACUUAUUUUAAUAAAUAAUUGUAAUCGUUGGCACAUUCCUGUGUUGUGUGUAAGAGGAAUAAAACACUUCAGGACG